AUGUUUUACAGGGCAUGGACAGUAGCGAUAGCCUGGAUGGCAGCAGCAAGACACGCGCAGUGCGCAUCCUUGCCGAAUAUACCGUCCGAGAACAGGACCGUCGUCGACCUUGGAUACGCGAAGUACCAAAGCGACAUCAUCUACGACGACAAUGUUCUCAGCUUCCUCGGUAUCCGCUACGCUGCUCCUCCCGUCGGUGACCUAAGAUGGAGAGCACCGCAGGCGCCCGCACAGGUUGCGGGUAUCCAAAACGCGACUACCCAGCCGCCCCAGUGCAUGCAAGCGCCCGGUGUCGUUGGGUUCCCAGGGAUGAGCCUCGUCAACCCGUUUCGUAAGCGCGAUGCGGUGAACACCGUGUUUGAGCAACCACCCACCGUGACAGACGAAGACUGUCUCUUCCUCAAUAUACACACACCAUCUAACUAUACCAGCGACGCAAAGUUGCCUGUGGUUGUGUGGAUCCACGGUGGCGCGUACGACGCAGCCAACGCUAGUACUUAUCCAGCUCAGGACUGGGUACAGCAAACCAACGGCGGACUGGUGGCCGUCCAAGUACAGUAUCGCCUCGGCCCAUUCGGCUUCCUGUCUAGUGAAGCUAUCAAAGAUGACGGCGAUCUCAACGCUGGGCUUCUGGAUCAACAACUCGCCUUGCAAUGGGUCCAGAAGAACAUUGCCUCAUUCGGCGGUGAUCCAGACAAGGUCACCAUAUGGGGUCAAUCGGCCGGCGCGGGCUCAGUCCUGCAACACAUCAUCGCCAACGGUGGGAAUACCCGGCCACCGUUGUUCAGGGGCGCCAUCAUGGAAUCCCCUUUCCUCCCGUUCCAAUACGCGUACAACGAUCCCAUUCCAGAGGCUCUCUUUACGCAGGUACUAGCCAUCGCUGGCUGUAACACGACCGGGUCGAGCAGCGGGCUGGACUGCUUGCGCAACGCAGAUGCUUCCUUGAUCCUGGAAGCUGAUAGAACUCUGGGCACCGCCAGCUUCAUGAUGACCUGGCCAUUCGUCCCAGUCGUAGACGGCGAUUUCAUCCGUGAGAGGCCCGUGGAAGCAUUGGCGAGCGGAAUCGUCAAUGGGGAGGCGCUUUAUGUCAACACCAAUAGCCACGAAGGCUCUAUCUUCGUCAACGAAACCUCGCUCGAUGCUGCGAACUACACGCUGUCCGAUUACAUCCGGGAGCUCUUCCCUCGUCUCGCGUCGUCUGACAUCGAAGCGGUCGCCGCUGCGUACGCAGCCGACUCUACGCUUGCUUCUAUCGCGGAACAGGCCGCAGGUGUGAUCGGCGAAAACAUCCUCAUUUGCCCUGCUUACUAUGCCCUGGACGCGUUCGGCAAGAACGGCUUCAAGUCCGAGUACGCUCUCCAGCCUGCAGCGCAUGCAGAUGAAUUGUCGUACAUCUUCACGAAUUACGAAGUCCCACAAUCCUAUCCCAACGUUAUCUUCCAGCAAGCAUUCGCGAAUGCCUUCCUCUCUACAGCGAUUUCAUUACGUCCGUCGACGAACCUAAAUGCUACCGGUCCCGGUACAGCGUGGCCAGCAUGGGCUGACAGUCGUACGGAGAUGCUCUUCAACAAGACCGAGACCGAUGCGCCCGAUUUGCGCACGUUCAAGACAGAUCCAGCUCUGCUGCGACGUUGCGCUCUCUGGCGCGCUCUCUCUGAUGCGACUCACCAAUAG